AUUUUGCGUCCAUGCGCCCUUUAGCGUUUCUCUGAAAAAAGCACCAACAAUGCUCGGCGGCUUCACGCGCCUGAUCCUGCCAUCUGUCGUGGCGUGGGCACGGCGAGUCUUCUCAAGCGCAGUGGCGCUUGCAUCACGAAUACUCGGCGCAAAAUUUUUUUCCGGCUUCAUCAAUGGCAGUGCUGUCAAACCCUUUCUCACACUGCCCUGGAUGCAGCUUUUCCUGAAUGUGGGCAACGAAAAACUUGGCUGGACACUUUAUAGCGGCGUAGGUUCAGAUGAGAAUGAGACUGGCAAGCCCACCACUACCGCUGAUGGUUCGGCCACGAAAAGCACAGCCGGCGCGACUUCUACUACGGGCAAAAAUGCUGAUCCAGCAGCGCCUACUACGACACUUCUGCAUGAAGACGAGGUCCCGCCCGAUUUUGUUUGGGCACAGUUCGUGAACCUUGCCGGGGAUCGGUUUUUCCCGUUUUGGUUUUUCGAGGAGCAAAAGGUCAAAGUAGAGCGGAAAGAUGUUUUGGACACUACCUUGGAGUUGGUAAAGUCCAAGUUUGUCGAGGAACGAGAGAACGUAUCCAGGAAAAAACACACAUCCACAUCCAACUUGUCAUGCAAAACAUACAUAAAAUUCUGUCUCUGUCAUGCAAAAAAUGGAUGUGGAUGGGUUUUUUUCUGUGGAUAGAACGUUCGCAAGUUUUACAGAUGGCAGGAGGAGCGGAACAGGGCCAUGAUGGAGCACCAGUACUGGUUUUUCCGCGACAUUCUGCACUGGUACGCGCUCUCUGAAGAGGGGAAGCCGGUGUUAGCGGGAACUGCGCAAGAUGACAAUGCAGGCGAAAGCACAACAGCUUCUGCUGUCGGAAAACCGCAAGGAAAAGGAGAGACAAAAAAUGAAGCCAAACAAAUAACAAUAAGAUCACCUCCUUCGCAGGCUACGACGAGCACAGCGGUAGGUCAAGGAGAAGGAGCUGCUAGUGAGACUUCUCGGGACGCACAACCACAAGAUUUGAACGAGGGAGACGAGAACAAGUGUGACGCUCAGUAUCGGGCCCGGGCGGACGAGGCCUCCACCAGCACAAUGAAAGACCGUUUAGUAGAAGAACUCGCUGGAGUAUCCGUGUCGACGAGUAGUACAACCAGCUCAACGAGCGCAGGAACCGGCUGCAACGAGGAUGAAAAUGCAGCAGCAACAAGAAGUUGUUUAUCUUCAACUUCCGGCUCCGAAGAUGUCGAUAGCGAAGGGGCGUCGAAGCAGGGCCAGGCACAAGAUCAAGGGGACCACGAGGCUGAAGUUGAACAAGAGCCUUCAAAUAGUACGAUAGAAGCGCAAGUAGAUGAACGAGAAAACGGCCUGCAUCCGGCCGACGAAGAGCCUGCGCCGCUGUACUGCAAGCUGCUGGAGAUCGAGGUGCGACUGCUGGAUUCCGAGCAGCGCGAGCUGGAGGAGUACCAGACCCGGCUGCGCGCCGGCGGUCCCGACAGCCCGGACCACAGCGUGUUGCUCGAGGAGAGGACGCUGCUGCUCCGGUUCUGGGAGGUGGAAAACCAGCUGGAUUCCACGUUCCAGCACUGCCAGGGCACGUUCAACAAGUGGAAACGGAGCAAAGACAGCUCGGAGGCGAUCGGCAAAGAGCUGCAGAAAGCCCAUCCGGAUUUUAACGAGCAAAUUGCGCACCUGUGGGAGCAGAAUCGGGUGGCGCAGCGCGGCGCUGUCGGCACGAGAAGGGCAUUUGAGAACCAGCGCCGGGGCGUCGGGAAGGAAUUCACGAAGACGGCCACCCUGCAGGUUUUCAUGGACAUAUCUGCUGAGUUUGUCGUGUUUGUCGACGGGAAAUUUGUCGGGCUGAUGAAGGACUUCCGCGAGUGCAUGCGGGGCACCACCUGGGCUUUGUGUCACCUCACGCCCGAGGUUAUGAAGGAAGACGAGAACGGCGUGCUCUUUUUCAACCAACUAAUACCGGUGAUUGGCAGGUUCUACCGUUUUGACAAAUACAAGUGCGACAUACCGUUGGACGAGGACGAAACAGUUGGCUCUGCGCCUAAUCCGACCACCUUGGCCGACCAAAAGAAAAGCACGGUCACUGGCGCAACCAUUCGUCGUGAAUGCACCGGUCCUGCGCCCUCCUUUCGGCUGCUGCGUUGCGGGGAGUCGGACAGUGCGGGACACGUGGCGGGCGGGCAAGCAGCGGGAACGCAGGCGGGGGACGAGCCGGAGAGUCACAUUGUCCACGCACACCGGAAAUGCGUAAUUUUGCAGCAACUGCAGCGCCUUGCCUCUCUGCACUCGCCCGCGUGCCGUGCACAGUACGCACUCGGGUCAAUGCCGCUGAUGAAGUCCCUCUCGCAGUUGUCAAAGAGGAAGAGACCACUCACAGGCACAACUGACUCAUCUACCAUUACUGCUGCAACCGCUUCUACACCGAGCACAGAGAGGACAGAGCCGCCCGAGGGCGGAGCUGCUUCGGCAAGAGCGACGGCACCUUCAUCGCCAUCACGAGAAUCGGAAAAGAAAGCGCCCGAGGUAGCAGCAGACGAACCUUUCCCAGUCAGAUCAGAACAAGAUUUGACGACGAUGACGCGCGCGUUGGCGGAUUUGAAAAACGCCUACCCGUCGGAAUUUAUCGUCGCGCCGUAUUUCUGCACCAGUGACGACGAUCUGUUGUUUGUCCUGCAAGGGAAACAAGACGGCGAGGACGAAGAGGAGGACGUGGCGACACCAAACGAAUGCCAAACACUGCUAGACCACGUCGACACUCCUUGCGGUUCAAGUGGUUUUGGGCGAGACGAGGGAUACAACUUCCGUGAAUCCGAAUACAAGCAAUGCCUUUAUGAUUCGCGAGAGAAGCGGUCGCCAAGUCCACGAGGCCCGAUUUCAGGACUUGCUUCGACGCCAGAGAGUAGACGCUUCGCCUUGGCAGAAGGUCCUCGUAAAGCCGCAGCAAAAACCGCAAAGACAGGCGUUGAAGAUGCGAGUCCCAAUUCCCCGGACGAAGACGCUGCGCGGCCAUACAGCGCCGGAUCGGCGCUAACACUAACACAUUCUGACGAGAAGAAGGAGUGCAUCUCGGAGACCGAGACAACGUCAUCGUCUCAUUUAACAACCACAAGCGCAACAAGUAGUUCGAGCAGUUCGACGGGGCGAUCUCCUGCAACUACGGCAGGCUCGAGUUGUUGUUCGAGCCCCAGCGUGGUAGAAGCCGAAGCUGCUGCAGGCAACCCCUCCUUGUCGAACAACAAAACAAAAGAUGAUCAUGAUCAAGACAAAGACUGCAGCAGCCCUGGCGGGGGCGAGGACGGUCCAUCCCUCGACGUGUACAAUGUGGGCGUCUUGAUAAAGAACACGGAGUACCUGUUUCACAACGCAGGAGAAGCAAGCGAAAGAAAUCUCUCUGUAACAGAAGCAGGCCCAUCUGGCACAGGAGCGGCGCAGCAGCGGCCCCUUCAUCCCGUGCACGUGCUCGAACUUCCGGACGACAUGUCGGCCCAUUUGCAGCCCACGUUCACGAAGGAAGAGUGGACCAAGAUGCAGCGAGAAGGCAGUCGCGCAGCACUAAACACGGAGAUCGACCACGUCAUCAAUAACAACUACUGGCUCAUGGCACCAGCUCCUGGAAAUCAGACUGCCGCGACAUGAGGAAAUUACUGCGCUGGAUUUGGAGGUUGGUGUCGUUGUUGUUCAGCUCCAAGAGUGAGAGUCAAUCGACUUGUUCUGCAGUGGCCAGUGUCCUAUCGUCGUGACUGUUAUGGUCCUUGCCUUCUUGAGGCGCUCCACAAU